GCAUGGCCUUACGCAUCGCGCGGCUGAUCCGCUGCUCUGAAGAGGCGGACCAGGCAGCCAUCGACUUGGCGCAGGUAGAGCUCUCCAUCGACCGCUUUCCCAAAGAGCAGAACGCGAAGACCACCAAGGUGGUGCUGUCGAUGCUCGAAAACCGAAAGCGGGGCCUCCAGACCCUGGCCUUCGUUGCAUGGAAUGCCUGGUCCGCGAAGUCCAGGCAAGAGAAGCGGCUGGGGGCAAAAUUCACUUCGGAAGCCAAUGGCCUGGACGAGAAGCUCUUCAACUGCAAGGCCGCGCAGCUGACGACGGUGCGGAGCGUGCUCAACCGGAAAGCGGCCGACGAGCAGGAAGCCCUGCAGAUGGACAUUUACGCUGCGUGGAAGAGGUAUGUCUACAUGGAGGCGGACGCGCGAGAAGCUGAAGGGAAGCUGAAG